GCACCAAUAUCACAUGGGAGUGUUUUCCAUCUCCUCCGCAGACACAGUGUUCCCUGGAUGGCAGUGCUAAACCCGUAGCCUCUGCGGAAAUACAAGUCAUUGGUAGAAUAAACGCCUCUCAGACAUCAGUGCAGAGCAGAAGAAAGAAAAAAGGAAGAUGGAUAGUGUCUUUAGUUUGUGAUGACCUUGUUUAAUUUCCUGCCACUUCGGCAUGGAGACAGCGCUGUCGGUUUUCGCCAAACCUCCUCGCACCGUCUGGUCUGAACCGGUUCGGGAUGUGCGCGGUCUCGUGCUCACUGCAGACUCCACGCACGCACUGAUUCGCGCAGCAGUCCGCGCCCUCUUCACGCUCCGUGCAGAAACGCUCUCAUUGGUCAGGAUGUGCACGACCCACCCACAUCUCCCGCGUGCUGUUUGGACGACGAGUGAGUUCCCCAGUUGUGAUUGGUCGAUGCCCCUCCAAAACUUUUAUUUUGGGGCAAGCCCCGUUUAUUGUGCACGGGCACGCGGAGAAAUGGAGUUGUAAACGAAGCUCGUGCACUUUUCAGCACCAAAAACUCGUGGACAGCAGCCAACGGAGGAGAAGGGGGUGACGCUGAGGGUUAGCUUAUUGUGAUAAACACAAGACCGAGCGGUUUGCGACGCCACACUGCCGCUGCGAUCGCGGGAAACCUUCACCGGUGGCACUGAGUCGGGGAGGGACGACACACAGCGGCACAGCCUGUGCUUUGUUCGCCCCGGCGGGCAGAUCGUGCCGCGAGCUGGAUAUCGGUUAGAGACACGUUUCAGCGGGUGAACACACCGUUUUUCUCGGUUCGCUCGUGUCGAAUUUUUCGCGGUCUGGAGCCCACUAACUGCACCCCGGGACGACCUAACGCCUGCAGAUGAGGGGAAACAAAGGUGAUAACGACUGUUAUUCAUCGGUCCGCGCGACGGUUGAACCGGGGUCCUGUUUUUAGCCACAUAGCAACCUGCUCGUGCUGCUAGCCUCUCCAUUGUGUGAGCAGCUCUGCCGCCAGACCCCCGAGUCACUCUCUGCCGCCACACACCUGCUAUAACUGUGUGUUCUCCGCCGGAUUUUUUUAACUUUUUUGAAUCCACCCAUCCAAAAUGUGCUCUCGGAUUUGGUUCGUGACCGACCGGCGGAUCAGCCAGGAGUACCCGCAGGUCCAGAUCCUCCGGGCGCUGAAGGAGCGCUGCUCCGACGAGGAUGUUGAAUUCCGCUCGCUGCUCAUGGAUCAAAUCGUGCUAACGAUCAGCGAUGGACAAUUAGGUCUGCGAGUGGAGCAGGAACUAGUGACAUCUUAUCCACAGGUGGUGGUGGUGCGGGUGCCCACACCCUGGGUGCAGUCAGAUAGCGACAUCACCGUGCUGCGCCACCUGGAGAAGAUGGGCUGUCGGCUGAUCAACCGUCCCCAGGCUAUACUUAACUGUGUCAACAAGUUCUGGACCUUUCAGGAGCUAGCCGGCCACGGAGUGCCUCUUCCUGACACCUUCUCUUACGGAGGGCAUGACAACUUCCGAAAGAUGAUUGACGAGGCAGAGCCACUCGGCUACCCCGUGGUGGUGAAGAAUGCACGGGGCCACAGAGGCAAAGCUGUGUUCCUGGCCCGAGACAAACACCACCUGACAGACCUGUGCCACUUGAUCCGCCACGACACCCCCUACUUGUUUCAGGAGUAUGUCAAAGAAUCGCAUGGCCGUGACGUCCGGGUGGUCCUGGUGGGCGGCCGUGUCAUCGGCUCGAUGCUACGUUGCUCCACGGACGGUCGCAUGCAGAGCAACUGCUCUCUGGGGGGUGUCGGUAUGAUGUGCCCACUGAGCGAGCAGGGGAAGCAGCUGGCCAUCGAAGUGUCCAACAUCCUCGGCAUGGACGUGUGCGGCAUCGACCUGCUGCAGAUGAACGACGGCUCCUUUGUGGUCUGCGAAGCGAACGCAAACGUUGGCUUCAUUGCCUUCGACCAGGCCUGCGGCAUGGACGUGGCGGGCAUCGUCGCCGACUACGCCCUGUCGUUGCUCCCCAGCCGCCUCACCCGUAAAAUGUCCCUGCUGUCCGUGGUGUCGAACACCAGCGAGACCAGCAGCGAGCCCGAGGUGUGCCCCGUGCCCACCGGGGGUGAGGGCUCGCUGCCCGAGGCCGUCUGCAACAUGUCCGUGGGUUCUACCUCCAGCGAGAGUGACCCCGAGCUGGCGGAGCCCUCCCAGUCCUCGCCCGCCAGUCCACAGCCCCCCCCCUGCCCGCUCCCCGAUCCAGCCUACAACUUCAACACUCUUCUCGCCAAUGAGAUCAAAUUAUUGACUGAGUAAGAUGCAAGCAGCUUCAUGCACACACACAAACACGACAAAUGCAUAUGAAGAAUGAGCAUACACACACACACACACACACACCUGUACGCAUGGCAACUGACAUUCCUUUUGUAAACACAUAUCAAUUCAAAAACCCUUCAAACACGUUGUUUAAUGCAAAACAUGAGCGGUGAAAACACAUUCAAACACAACCACGGGAAUACAAACACCAAAACAUGAGCCUUAUCCUACUAACUCCCUUAAAAAAAAAAAGAACAAAAAAAAAAAAGAUCUGAGGCUGCUCCCCUGACUCCGCGCUCUCCAAAACUGCAAACCCCAAUUUUCAAACUUAGCUUACACUGCAGCAUGGUGGCGGGAGUGGGAUAUAGUGCAUACGUUUACUAGUUUCAAUUUAGCAAAAAUACUGAGGGUGAAGGUGGCGUUUCUUGGGGUGGGUGUGGGAUUCCAAUAAAGGCAUGCACCUGUCAUAUUGUUUCCUUACUACACCGUAUUAUUUAAAGGAGAGUCUAUGGUAUGUUGUCUUAAAAGAGGGGUUUCCUGCUGAGACUAGUACGGUUAGAUGGAUUGAAGUCGAGAUGAAGUGUUUUUUUUCCAAGUCAUUCGCUCCUUGGGAGAGCGAUACAUCCUCAUGCUGGGCACAUUACCCUGACAGUUCUGAUGUAGCCAUGUAGUGCUCCUGUCGAGGGGCAGAAACUGAAGCUAGGCAAAUGAAAUGUCAAUUUGACUGCUUUUCAUAACGAGAGUUAAAUUCACUACACCUUUCAUAUGUUGUAAAUCCAACUACAACACAAUGUUUGAACUUUUCUACAACUAAAAUCCAUUAAACGCCAAUUUUUAAAUAUUAAAAUGUAGCCCAAGUUGCUACAUUGACACUGAAUAAGAGGUUACCUUGUUCAUGCGUUAUAUUAUCAACCCUCUGUUCACUGUGAAUGAAGCAGGAUAUUAAUGUAAGCAGAACUGCGCUAACCGGUGUGAAGUAGUAGAAAUAACAAAUAGCAUUUCUGUCUGAGUCACAACCUGGAAUAUCAAAAUGAAUUGAGUGCAAUGACUCCAUUUUUUUAUUUUAUAUUCCUAGCCUGUUUGAUAAGCCUUACCAGCAGCAGCAGCAGUUUGUUGCUUUUUAAAAAUAUAAAAUGUCUAGCACUUUACGAUAAACUGAUGUAUUUGUUUUCUCGCUCAGCGGACAUAUUUAGGAAACACGAGACAGAGUGUGAAAGCUGCGUCCACACCAGAAUAUACCUCAGAACAGUGACUCCUCACUGCCAUAGCAGGACAUAGAUAUUCAAACAUACAGAACAUAUCAGCCGGGAUGCUUGUGGUUUUCAAAUGGCCCCUGACCCAGGUGUUCCUUCCUUUAUGUCUAAGAGCUGUAAGUGUGUAUUAUUUUGUAUUGCUUUACAGCUUUUUUUGUAAAUAUUUAGAUAGGGAUUUAGCUUCGAUGCAUACUAGUAUACAGCUGCUGAAACUGGAACGGCUGACAUAACUGCCAACAUUGACAUUUACAUAAGCUAUUGUGGACAAACUUCUUUGUAUAGACCUGCCAUCUUUAAAGGUUUAAAAUGAAAUUUGGUGCUAACAUUUCUGAAUUUGAUUAGAUGUGUUUCCUCAGUCGUAUGAGUUGUAGAUUUUUUUUUAUAACAAUGAAGUAUCCUAACCGUUAGAAUAUGUUGGCAUAGUGUACAAAUAAUAUGGGAUUUAUAUUUUUGCCGCAUCUUUGAAUAGAAUGUUACUUUUUAUUUUUCUUGGAGAAGAAAUGGAAAAACAAAAUCCAGGGAUUUCAGCGGCCAAGAGCAUAUUGCUUACGGUUUUUGUGUUCUGUUUAUUUACCUCCUGUAGGCCUUCUGAAAUAACUACUAAAAUAGAGGUAGGGCAUGGGCUAAAUGCCAUUCAUUAGGACAAAUGGGACAAAAGCACAAACAUUAGUUGUUCUCCAUAGUGACGUCCAUGUUUUUAGACUUAUAAUAACCCUUCCUGUUGAACAUAUCUCAGGGAAGCAGCCUGGAUCUCACCCCUGACCCCCAAAAGCACGACAUAUCCAUUCGAGCUAGAGACAUGCAAAACAUUACACAUAGCUACAGGCAGACAGAAAGAUACACAAACAACAAUAAAUAAAAGGUUGUGAACUACAGUAUAAGACAUGUGGUGUAUACCAUGGUUACCAUUCACCUUUUCUCCCUGCUUGUUUUAUAUUGUUCCUUGUUUUCUUCCUAAUUUAUGGUCUUUUUAAAGAAAAAGUGGUUUGUGUACACUAAUGUCUCAAUAAAGUGAAACCGCUGUGAAGCUUAAUAAUAUGUUCCUCUUUUGUGGGCCGAAUUUACUAACUGCCUGGGUUCUAACAGGGGCCUGCUUGAGAGUGCCACAUCUAAAACCGCCAGACAACAGGAAAGGCAGCUUUCACUCUAAGUCUGCUGUCAAGUGAUCACAGUGGCUCCACUGAGAGAAUUACACCGUUUACACUACUGUGCUGAUGGUGUCCGCUAUCUCUAGUAUCUGACAAACAAACUGUGAAAUCCGCUGAUGUCCACUGUCCUGACAUGCAAGGGGCCGGUGGGCUUGAUUAUCAACAAGUCCCAUCCUAAAAUAAAAGCUUAUAUGAGUAUCUCCAAUUGUUGUCCCCUAUUUUUCAAGUCUUCGUCUUUUCAUUCAAGCCUUCGUCAUCCCACAUGGUGUAUGUCAGUGAAAAUGUCAGAUCACAUAUCCUUUGAAGACAUAACAAGCCAGCCAUAAGAAAGAGUGAAUGUGCGUAUCUCUCUUGAAGCCCUGUUGUUUAAAUCUGUAGUUUACACAUCAUCCAUAUCCACACAGUGCACAUUCAGCCUCUUCAGGUUCAUUUUACUGUGCCCCAACAACUGUUGUAAUGCCUUUUUAUUGCCUGGCUUCCUCUGGGAGCAAUGAUUUGAGGAUCAGUCGGGUCAAGAUCCCAAUUCAGGUGGGUUUCUUUCUUCUGCUUUGUAUUCGUAGACCAGUGGCCAUGAUACACGGCAUGGAACCUACUGAAAGAAACGGGCACGGCAUGUUGUGACACAGGGAAGGAAGAAAAACGUGUUAAUCAUGAAAUGAUGGAAAGUGUAUUGCCCUGUGGUGCUUGGCCAGCCUGGAACAAACAUGAAAGGACCUUUGGACUAGUCACUGUGUACAACAACACAAAAGAGCACACGGUUACUAUUUCAUUCCAACUGCUGCUAAUGUAUAUUUGGCUACAAAAUUCAAAAGGGAAUAUGCGGAAAUCAAAGUGUUUCCAUGUUUUGCUGCCUCUCGACACAUGAAAAUGAAUCUGAAUGCCAAAAAACAAACAUUUUGUUGUAUAACUUAGUACUAGUAACACUAGUAGUGAGAUGAUUUUAAAAGUGAUACUUUGUUUUGAUAAUGAAUUAAUUUUUCAGAAUUGUAUAUAAUAUGUAGGAUUUCUCAGCAAUCACCAGGUUCAUUUUAUGUCAAUGUGUUUUAAAACGAACCUGAGGUUUGCUAAAAGUUGACAACAUUCUUUGAUUUGCAGAAGGAACAUGCAAUGUUUAUGCUCUGUUGAUAUAUAGACAUUAAAUGUCUUCAAUUACAUCUGCAUAGCAUAUGAUGAAUUGAUGAAUGGUAAUGGUCUGCUAGGUACGAGGUGAGCAAAAACUUUGCAAGAAAAACUGUUGAAGCAAAUGCCCUUGCCAUGAUUCUGUUCUGUAUCAUUCUAACAGUGUUACAAAACGGAUCCAAAAGUCAUGUUAUUCACAAAUGUGCAAAAGGAUGUAAAUAUAUAUCCCUCUUUUUUUUAGAGUCAAAUAAAGAUGAGCAUUCAAAACCAA